UGCUGGUUGGUGACUGUGCACAUAGCAGUGGGUUGGAGCUGAUGGUCAUUGCGGUCCUUUUCAAUCCAGGCCGUUCUGAGUCAGUGAUGCUAUGGGUCCUUAUGGCACCCUAUGGGUUCUCUGGGCUGCUGGUUGGUGACCCUGCACACAGCAGGGGUUGGAACUGAUGGUCAUUGCGGCUCUUUUCAACCCAGGCCGUUCUGUGCUCAUUCUCUAGGCUCCAUUUCGGGGACCCUUUUCCCCGUUUCGGGAGCUCCGCGACGCUGCUCGGAACGCCCCGGAAUCACCGCCCGAUCCCCGCUGCUAUCGUGGGGUUACGCGCAUGCGCACACCCGCUCGGAAGGACCCGCGCGCAUGCGCAGCGCCCGCUCCGCCCCCCUCCUUACGCGCAUCCGUCGGACAUGCGCACAGAGGGGCGGCUCCGCGGAGCGUGCGCGGCGCAUGCGCGGACAGCGGCCGCGAGGGGAGCGGGGCCGCCAUGAGCGCGGCGGAGCCGUCGGGCGCCGGGAUGCGCUUCGCCGAGAGGCAGCUGCGGCGGCACGGGUGGACGCGGGGCCGCGGGUUGGGGAAGCGGGAGGACGGCAUCGCGCGGCCCAUCCGCCCGAGCGUCAAAUGCGGCACCGCGGGGGUGGGGCACAACGCGGCCGAGCAGUUCUCGUUCCAUUGGUGGGACCACGUCUUCAAUGAGGCGGCGGCCAACAUUGCUGUGCGGGAUGAGCAGGACGGGGUCUGCGUGGAGGCGCGUUCAGAGCAGCGCUUUGGGGUCAGCACUAAGAAGCCCCACAAGGUCCCCCCCCCGGGCAGCACACUGUAUGGCCACUUUGUGAAGGCAGCCACGCUCACAGCGCAUGGGGAGGAGCCGACCAAGCAGCGGGGGGGCUCUGAGAGCAGCGAGGAGGAAGAGGAGGACAAACUGGACCGCUCUUCAGCCCGGAGGCUGACAGAUGAGGAGCUGAUGCGGGUGUGUGGGGGCCGCACGGCACACAAAGGUGCACGGCACGGGCUGACCAUGAGCGCCAAGCUGGCACGGCUGGAGCAGCAGGAACGCGCCUUCCUGGCCGCCAAGCAGCACGGCGGGGGGGGGCAGCCCAUGCCCACCCAGAGCAGCCCCCCGGCAGAGCUGCAGGACAGCAGGAAGAAAAAGAAAAAGAAGAAGAAGAAAAGGGAACAGUCGGUGGAUGGAGCUGAUGCGGAGGGGCUGCAGAGCCCGGAGGAGAGCGGAGGAGAAGAGGAGGAGAAAGCAGAGAGGAGGAAGAAGAAGAAGAAGAAGAAGGGGAAGGAGAAAGUAGAAGAGGUGGUUGAGGUGAUGGAGAUGGAGGCACCUCCAGAGGACUCCGGUGGGGCUGCGGAGGCUGAGCACAGCCCUGGAGUGGGGAGGAAGAAGAAGAAGAAGAGGCGGAGGGAGGCAGAAUGAAUGCAGCCACCUGGCUGGGGGGGGUCAGAGCCCCCCAUGGUGUGUUGGGUGUCCAGAGGAGCCUGGGGAGCUCUGUGUGCCCCAUGGGAACGUGCUGCUGGCUGGGAACCCUGGCUCAUCCCCAGCCCUGAGCACGGGACCAGUUUGCCUUCAGCCCACGGUGGAGCGAUGCGAGGGCAGAGCGAUGCGAGGGCAGAGCCUGCACUGUGCCGGGCUCUUCACAGGGAUUUUUGCUUUCUAAUACAUUUUUAUUGCACCAAACAA